AUGGAGUGGAAACUGGAGCGCACAGCCCUGCGGAGGGUCCGGACCGAAGAGGAGAUGCUGUGGGAGAAUGUCAUGCGGGUGCUCGCCAAAGACAUGAAGCAAAAGAAAAGCCAAGGUCCCCCCAAGGUAUUUGAUGCAGUUAAUACUACAUAUUCUAACUUUAAGAGCAACUUCGUGAAGAGGCUGUCAGCUGAGGUUCCCUUUGCCAGUAGUCCAAUCACCACAAGAUGGCGGCAAAGUCAAACCAAUGAUUUUGAAGCCUGUUCCUUUGGGGAAGAGUGUUCGCCCAGUCACCUCCGAGAAUUUUCUGGAUCAGUGCUGAAGAUAACACCUGAGAAAGAGACCUUGACUCUAGGGUCCUACGGAGAACCACUGAAGACCCCCAUGAAAGGAAGUUCCGAAACAAACAACGCUGCUCUCCAUUUCUGCAAGGCACCUCAUGCACUGGACAGAGGCUGGCAGGAAGAUGUUGCCUCAAAAGGCCAGAAAUGCCUAAACCAGCUAUUUUCAACCCAGAAGAUGGUUCAGCAGGUUAAUGGGAAAAUGCAGCUCUGUGAGCAAUCCCAGUGUGUUUGGAAAGGCUGCAGAGAUGGAGUGAGAGAUGAAUCCUUCCAUCUUAAAAGGUUCAGUGACACAAACCAUUCCAUAUUCCAACAAGAGGUGAAGAUUCAUCUUACUGGUCUUCAAAAUGACUACUAUCUGAAUAUCCUAGAUUGGAGUUUUGAAAAUCAUGUUGCUAUAGCCCUUGGAUCUUCUGUAUACAUCUGGAGUGGGGAGAACCACAAUAGGAUCGAAAAUAUAGACUUAAGUCUCGCUUGUAACUAUAUAUCUUCUGUCUCCUGGACAAAAGAGGGAACCUACCUGGCAGUUGGCACCAGCGAGGGAGAAUUGCAAUUAUGGGAUGUGGUAGCUAAAAAGCAGCUGAGAAACAUGCUUGGUCAUUUGUCAGUAGUUGGAGCCUUGAGCUGGAAUCACUGUAUCCUUAGCAGUGGGUCGAGACUGGGGCGUGUUUAUCAUCACGAUGUCCGGGUAGCCCAGCAUCAGGUGGGAACACUUCACCACAAACAAGCUGUGUGUGCUCUGAAGUGGUCACUGGAUGGCAGGCUGCUUUCCAGUGGCUGUAGUGACGGAUUGCUGACAAUAUGGCCCCACGAUCCAGGUGCCAAUGUGCAGAGCCAACCACUAAAAGUCAUAACCCAAACUACAGCAGUCAAGGCCAUGGAGUGGUGUCCCUGGCAGUCUGAGGUCCUUGCUGUUGGAGGAGGAAUGAAGGAUGGAUGCUUACACAUCUUUGACAUAAAUAGUGGGAAAAGCAUCCAGACCCCAAGCACAAACUCCCAGAUUUGUUCCCUAAUCUGGCUACCUAAGACAAAGGAGAUUGCAACUGGCCAAGGUACUCCUAAGAAUGAUGUGAUCGUGUGGACCUGUCCCACUCUGUCCAGGUCAGGAGGGUUUUUUGGCCACAGAGGCAGAGUGCUGCACCUGGCUUUGAGUCCAGACCAGACCCGGGUGUUUUCUGCUGCAGCUGAUGGGACAGCCUCUGUAUGGAAUUGCUACCAGUCCCCCAGCCCCUCUAAGCCUCAGCAUGCUCAUUUCUAA